AUGCAAGAGCAAAACAAAUGGAGCGGAGGGACGGUACAGUUUCAUAAGGGCAAUAAUCGAGUGGAAAGCAUUAACACAGCAUUAGCUUGUACUCAUUCGCUUUAUAUUCGUGAACUUGUCAGCAAAACCGGCGUACAAUCACCCAUCCUAAAUUGUACCGCCUUACCAUUUCAUUGGCAUACUAUCAAAGCAACAAUUCAAUUUAUGCGUACCGGAUCACUUCAACUUGAUUCUGCAGCAAUGCAGGAUAUGGUUCAGUGUGCGAUGUUCUUUCGUAUUGCACAGCUAAGUCGUCUGGUGGAAUCAUUCGUACGCCAACGGUCGAAGAAAGCGGAAACCGUAUUGGAUGCAUACAAAGCUAUUUUCCAUGUAAUGGAUGAGCAAAUGAUGCGGUGUGUAACAUACGACACCCAGCAAAUCGUUUGUGAAAAUAUGGCACAUUAUCUUCCGCCAUACAUCGAAGAGGCAAUCAAGAAUGAACGAAGCACAUUGGCACUAAUGACAAGCAAUGAGCUGUACUGCUUGCUUACACGUGACGCUCAACGUCUACGUUUUACUCAGCGAGAGUAUGAAGAUGCUGCUUGUCAGCGUUUCCAAGUGGUAAUGCGUUGGAUACAAUUCCAAGAACAAACUUACGAAAUUUAUGAUAAUUAUAUGCAAGAUGUUCAAUCCACUUCGUUCGCCAAAGCUAUUCGGCUCUUCAGCUGUGUACAUUUCGAACAUAUGCGACCCGAGACUCGCCGACAUUUUGCCAAUUAUUUGUGUAGCUUACCGAAUGAAAUGUACAUGAUUGCUGCUCGACCCUAUCUUCCCGAAGCCCAGUGA